AUGCAAUUGUCAAUAUCCCUUGCGCCCAAAAGGUUCGCUGAAAAUAAAUACAGUAAAUGGGCUUCAAUCAAACACGACAAAGCCAAGAAUGACGCCGCCAGAAGCAAGCAGCGCGUCCUCCUCACCCGCGACAUCACCGUAGCCGUUAAGCUCUCUGGCCCAGACCCAAACAUGAACCCCCGCCUCGCCCUCGCCUUGACCACCGCGAAAAAGAGCGCCGUCCCCAAAACCGCAAUCGAAGCCGCGAUUGCCCGUGGACAGGGCCUGUCAACGACCGGCGCAGCCCUCGAAUCACUCGUCCUCGAAGCCAUCCUCCCACCGUCAGUCGCCACGAUAAUAGAAUGCCAGACGGAUAACAAGUUACGCGCACUGGCGGAUCUGCGUUUACUUGUCAAGGAGGCUGGCGGGCAAGUCUCCACAGUAGGAUUCAUGUUCGAGAAGAAAGGGCGGAUAAUUAUGCGCAAAAAGGAAGGCAUAGGCAUGGAUGAAGUCCUUGAGCCAGCACUCGAUGCCGGCGUCCAAGAUGUCCAUGAAGAUGAGGAGGGCAGGGUGUUGUUAUUCACAGAGCCAGCGCAGACGAAAACAAUUGCGGAAUCUUUGGCGAAAGAGCUGGAUAUGGAGAUCGAGGAGAGCGAGAUCAUCUACGACCCGAACGAAGACACGAAGGUGGAGGUCAACGACGAAGAGGCGGCGGCAAAGCUGAGUAAUUUCCUCGACGACCUGCAAGAGGUGCAAGGCAUACAGGGUGUGUACAUGAACUGGACCAAGGGAGAGAGUAUACCAGCCGAGUUGUGGGAGGAGUUGCGGGGUAAGGUAGCAGUAUGA